AACAAAAAGAACGACACUUGCCAGUUUUUUUCAGUACCUCAAACAUAUAAAUCCUAAGCAUAAACCAUCUAUGCUACCAAAGUUGUUUGAUCAAAAUGAGGCCGAAUUGUUAGAUAUUCUAAAUAUGGCCGGAAACACAUGCGCUUGUACCCAGGGCCGCUACUGAGAUCAUCUCAAACAUAACCACCAUUGCCUUGGGUGUUAUCGGGUUAAAAUGAAAGACCCGCUCAAUCCGGGUCGGGUCCAACACCUAACUAGAAAAGGAGCGGAGGAACCAAACCAUGACGUGUAAAACUAUGACUGGCUAACGACAGCUUCUCUUCUUCCGCGUUACUCUUUCUCGCUCUCAAUAUCGAUUCUUUUGACGUUCUGGAUCGGAAAAGUCAUUUCCUUUUAGGGUUCUCCGAAGUAAAAAAAAAAGCGAUAUUUCUCGUCACUGUUGUCACUGUUCCAAAGAUUUUUCUCAAUUGCUUUACUUUCUCUCUUAUAAGUAAACCUCACUUACUCACUCACUCCCCCAGUGAGUAACUUGUGGAUGUCUCUGGAACAUUGUCUUAACAAAUGUGUGAACUUUUAAGUAUUUUGUAAAUGCAGCUAGGGUUUGUCCAAAUCUAUUGAGAAUUGGGGGGUUUUGAGGGCUUUUGGGGAAUCGCAAUUCUCUAAAAAAGUCGGAAGGUUAGGACAAUAAUGUCGGCUCCAUCGAGAGUCCGGUCUGUUGAUUCCUCCUCCGACCGAGAGUUCCGUUCAGUUCUCGUUCCCGCCGGUAACAAUAAACCGGUGAAGAAGACUGACAAAACGAAAGACCUAACCUUUACGGCGAAGAAGAAGAGCUCGCCGCCUCUGAGCCCUUCGAUCCUGAGGCGAAACGGUGUCUCCAUGAACGCAUCGUAUUCCUCGGAGGCGUCUUCUUCGUGCGAGUCGUCUCCGUUGAGUAUGGCUUCUACUUCGAGCGGGAAGAGGGCUCUGCGGCGUAACGGUUCAAACACUUCAAGUGCACUGAGAAGGAAUCUGACGGAGGAGAGAGAUGAAAAGGCAGGCGGUGAUUGCUUCUUCUCUGAUGGUCGUAAAAGAUGCGCUUGGAUCACUCCCAAAUCUGACCAACGUUAUAUUGCUUUCCAUGAUGAAGAGUGGGGAGUUCCUGUCCAUGAUGACAAGAAACUUUUCGAGUUGUUAAGCCUCUCUGGUGCUCUUGCGGAACUAUCCUGGAAAGACAUUCUUUCCAAAAGACAAUCAUUCAGGGAAGUUUUCAUGGACUUUGAUCCCAUUGCUAUAACUGAACUAACUAACAAAAAGAUAACAUCCCCUGAGAUUGCUACCACCCCAUUACUAUCAGAUCAAAAGCUACGCUCGAUUCUCGAGAAUGCAAACCAAGUUCGCAAGAUAAUAGUUGAGUUUGGAUCAUUUGACAAGUACAUUUGGAACUUCGUUAACCAGAAGCCUACUCAGAGCCAGUUCCGGUACCCACGCCAAGUCCCUGUGAAGACUUCCAAAGCCGAGUUUAUAAGCAAAGACCUUGUUCGCAGAGGCUUCCGCAGUGUUAGUCCUACGGUUAUCUACUCCUUCAUGCAAACAUCCGGUCUCACCAACGACCAUCUCGUUAGCUGCUUCAGACACCAAGAAUGCAUAUCCAAGGACCAGACCGGUUAAACCCAAUAAUUAAUGUCUAAGAGAGAGAGAGAGAGGAUAGAUUAACACUCUGAUGCUUUAGUUUGUUAAUUUUGUGUGAUAUGUUUGCAUUUUGUACAGUAUGUUCUCGAACUAGUAGGAGUUGCUAAGCUGAUUAUUGGUGAUUGCAUGGAAACGAUUA